UUGGAAAAUAGGGUGUAACUGCAAAAGCUGCACGUAGACGGAAAUUGCGGGACGAAUAUUACGACAAUAAAGAAGAAGACCCUAAACGUCUUAAAUUGGUCACUUCCUUAGCUCACAAGUCACAAAGUCUAACAAUAAACCCAAACGCUUCACUCACACUUUUAACACACUGAUCAUGGGAAACACACUGCCAAAAAUCGGCCAAACUCAUUCAGAAAAUACCCAACAACAAGAAUUGCAAGUGACGGAAUUACCAGAUGAAUCUCAACCAUUCACCUGUGAAAUUUGUAUCGAGCCUAUGUUGUUACCCAAUAAAAAAUUCAAGAAUCAAAAUCACUGUGUUCAUCCUUUCUGUAUCGACUGUAUUGUAAAAUACAUCUCCGUCAAGCUUGAAGACAACGUUGGCGAAAUUCCAUGUCCGUCUUUAAAUUGUAACCAAUUUUUGGACCCAAUUUCUUGUCGGAAUCUUGUGGGUCCCCAGCUGUUUGUCAAAUGGUCCGACGUGUUAUGUGAGUCCGCUGUUUUAACGUUGGCGCAGUGUUACUGUCCGAAUCAGAAUUGUUCGGCUUUGAUAUUGGAUGAGUGUGGUGAGAAUGCUAAGCGAUCACAGUGCCCAAAUUGUAAGAGAUUUUUUUGCUUUAAGUGUAAGCUUCCAUGGCAUGCUGGAUUUCAGUGUGAUGAGAGUAGGGAAUUAAGGGACAGAAACGACGUCGUUUUUGGUGUUGUUGCUGAGCGUAAUAAGUGGAACAGGUGUCCUCAGUGUCGUCACUUUGUUGAACUUAUUGAAGGUUGCAAAAUUGUUAAAUGCAGGUGUGGUGCCAAUUUCUGCUACAACUGCGGAAAACGAGUUUAUCAUCACUGGUGUGGUUGUGAUUCUGCUUCCAGGUUCUGCAUAAGGGUCGUCCAAGUGUUUUCUUGGAUUUUUGUUAUCCUAGCUAUCCUUUUCCUCUUCUGGGAUUUCCAUAAAAGUGUAUGCACUUGAGGCAGAGAAAACAACACAAACAAGAAAACAGAAAGCACAAGAAAGUUUGUACAGAUGGAAUUACGUAUAUGGUUAAUUUCUCAUAGAUUAUUGACUUGCUAAUUCAAAUUGUCUCAAAAGUCAGCUAUGGUUUCUGUUGCUACAGGUUUGCAGCUAUUGCAUCCCUUUAAACACAAUUUUAUGUGAAAUUUUAAGUUUCUUCCAAGACUCGGCAGUUCUAUAUUAGUAGGUAUGAUUAACAUCUAUUUGUUUCUGAAUAAGUAGUUCUCACAAUAAU